AGAAGGGUCCUAAAAAGUAGAGGAUGGGAGAAGCAGACCGAUGACAAUGAAAUUAUGCCUGCCUUGAAACUUAGCUAUGACUAUCUUCCUUUCCAUCUGCAACAAUGUUUUGCCUAUUCUGGAUUGUUUCCUGAAGAUUACAAUUUCAGAAGUGACGAACUGAUCAGUCUAUGGAUCGGACUAGAUAUUUUGAUACCCAAUGGGCAAGACCAAACAUUUGAAGACAUAGGUCUGAGCAAUUUAAAUGAGUUAGUCACCCAUGGAUUUUUCAGAGAAGAGAAAACUAUGUAUGGUCUGCGUUAUGUUAUGCAUGACCUGCUGCAUGAUUUGGCAUUGAAGGUUGCAUCUCAUGAUUGUCUUAGUUUAAGUCUCCCUGGUGUUGGAUCAGUAGAGAUUCAGCCAACCACCCGUCACUUGUCAAUAAGCACAUAUGGUUUAGGUAUAUAUGAUGCAGUGUCUGGUAAAAAAUUGAAGAGUGAAUUGGAAGAACUAAAGACAAGAUUUAAGGUUGAAGAUUUGCAAACAUUAAUGUUAUUUGGAGAAAUGGAUGAAGGUUUUGUCAAGAUAUUUGGUGAUUUUUUGGGGGAACCGAACACUCUUCGUGUUCUUCAUUUGCCCAAAAUGCUUUGUCCCAUGGAGUUCAUGUUACAUAACUUUUCGGGACUUCUCCACCUACGAUACCUAUGUCUAGGGACAGAUGAGAGCCAGAUGCAUUUACCACUUAGCAUCUCUAAAUUUUAUCAUUUAAGGAUUCUAUAUCUUGAUUUGUGGGAUGGCAGCUGUGAUUUGCCCAAAGACAUGAGCAACCUUGCUAAAUUGUGCCAUUUUUAUGUUCCUAGUGAUGAUCAGCUUCAUUCUGAUAUUUCUAAUGUCGGGAAACUUAAACUCUUAGAAGAGUUGAAGGUAUUUCAAGUCAAUAAAAGAAGUGAAGGGUUUGAAACAAAGCAACUAGAGCACUUGACCAAGCUAAGGGAGCUUGGCAUCUACAACCUUGAGAAGAUAGAU